UAUCCAGUUGCUGAAUAUGUAUGAAAGUUGACAAUAGGCAAAUAGAUUUGAGUUUAGUUCCUACACAUGAAACUAAAAGCAUUUUUAUCCGAAACACUCCUAGGGAAAAUGACUUUAUUUUAUAAUUGCAAUUGUUUUAUCACUCAUAACAUUUACAUUCAAGAAAUUAACAGACAUUUUAAAUAUAUUAAUGCUACUCAAUUUUUUAAAGAUUAUAAUGAGGUUUUAUCAAGCCUAGGUUAUAAUUCUGUGUCUAAAAAAGACCAUUUGUUAAAGCAGAUUAAAGAAGAAGUUAAUCGUAGGAAAAAUAUUGAAAGUGAUGCACUAGAAAGAAGAAAAUACCUUCUUCAACACUAUAAGCCUAUAGAUGGCAAUAUUUAUAAUCUGCAGGAAAAUUUUCUUGAUGUUUCUUUUAUAAAACUAGUCAAUGCUGCUAGAAAUUUAAACUUGGAUGAGACUUUGCAAUUUCUUGAUGUUCUUUCUGAAGAAAAACAAUUGUAUGGCUUCCCAGUAUUCACUAAAAGUCUAUGUGAUGAAUUAUUGAAGGAAUUAGAUCAUUAUCAAGAUUCAUCUUUACCCAAAGGAAGACCAAACUCGAUGAAUAGAUAUGGUGUACUUUUAGAUGAAUUGGGAUUUCAUGACAAUUUUUCUAAGGUUUUAAGAAAAAACUAUUUGGAUCCUUUAGCUAAAGUUUUGUUCCCCACUUGGAGAGGUAGUGAAUUAGAUUCUCAUAAAAUUUUCACUGUGGGAUACAAGAUAAAUGAAGAUUUACAAUUAGGAUAUCAUUAUGAUAAUAGUGAGGUAACUCUUAAUGUUUGCUUAGGUAAGUCAUUUGAUGGAGGUGAACUGUACUUUGGAGAUUUGAAAACAGUGCCAAUAGAUAAAUCCACAUGUAUGUUAGUUUCUCAUAAAAUAGGAUAUGGAAUAUUUCAUAGAGGUCAACAACUACACGGUGCUUUACCUAUAACUGAAGGUGAACGACAUAAUCUUAUUAUUUGGUUGAGAUCAUCUUCUGUUAGGAAUAAAAUGUGCCCAAUGUGCAAUUCAACUCCUUCUUUAACUCCUACAACUGGAUAUGGCGAUGGUUUUACUGUAGCUGAAGAAAAUUCUGUACAGAUAUGUAAUGUAACAUAAGCAUAUAUUUUAAUCUAUAUAUGUAUAUAUUGUCAGUUAUAAAUAGUUUUCUAAAUACAUUUUUUAACACUUUAAAUAAUUUUAUUGCAGCGACAAUAGAAAUCUAAAAUAUAAUAGAAGAAAUUAAUUGGGAUUGGUCUAAGUAAGAUUCAGGCAUUUGUAGAAUCAUUAAAUUUGUUCCAUAUAGCAACUAUAGGUAAAUAUUUUAUAAAAAUAAAAUUUUGUUUCCUAUUGAAACACAAGAUACAUGGUACAAUGAAUAAAAAUAUCUGGUUCUGUAUUUUCAAGAGAGAAUAAUCAAGUCACAGUUUUCCUAAUAAUCUUUUUAACUUGCUAUAGAAAGCAAAUGCCUCUAUUUGCAUUAAUUUUCUUCUCUUUCUUUUCUAUUUCAAGUUUGCUCAGUGUCUGUUUAUAUCAGUUUUUCAAUAAAAUUAAGAUUAUAAAAUGAAUGAUAUUAACAGUAGAAAAGAUUGGAAGGUAAAAUAAACUCAAUAACUGUUGCUUUUUAACAGUCUUUAAUCCAAAGAAAAUAAAAAGUUCUAAAGUUGUAUAGUGGGAGAAUUAAGGAUUUUUCGUUAAAAAAUAUUUAGAAAUUGCUCUCACAAUUAUUAAUCUUAUUGUAAUAUCCAAUUUGACUGAAAUUCCCAAAGAUAAAUAGCCAGAAUUUGAGAGAUAUUGCCAUAAAUUCUGUACAAUGGUUGCAAAGUAAAUUUCAACUGGUUUUAGCUAUUCACUUUUAGUUUUAAUACAAUACAAUUCUUUUCUUAUUGUGAUUUUUUUCCCAUUUCCUUUUACAAAUGAAAUUAUUCUUUUUCUAUUUGUAGUAACUUGCCUUUCUUUAAGAAUUUAAUAGUCGCAUACAAAGGCGACUAUAAAAGCAUGAAUUUUAUUUGAAUCUUUUAGAAAUCUCUUAAAUGUAUGUCAAUAAUUAAAUUCAAGGGAAGGGAUGUUGUAUAAUGAUAACAAUGAUAAUUGCCUUUUAUGUUAAUAUUAUGUACAUCAACAUUAUAAUUGUAUAUUUUUUUGUAACGCUAGUAUUUAAAUCAAAA